AUGAAAAUCCUCAUCACUGGCGCCGGCGGCUUCAUCGGGCAAUUCCUCGCCCGCAAGCUCUUGGAAGAUCCCUCACAUACUCUCGUGCUCACCGACGUGAUCGAAUGCCCCAUACCUAAAGGCUCUGCAAACCCCAAAAAUGCAACAGUCGUCAAAGCCGACCUCCUCGCCGACCAAUCUGUCAUCACAUCCGACCUCAAUGCCAUCUACAUGUUCCACGGCAUCAUGUCCGCGGGCAGCGAAGCCAACUUCGACCUGGGCUUGAAGGUCAAUCUUGAAGCCACCAAGAUCCUGCUCGAGACCAUUCGCCAAAGGUGUCCCGGCAUUAGAGUGAUCUUCUCUUCCUCGCAGGCAGUGUACGGCCGCCCCUUCCCGGACACGAUCACCGAGGACGUCUUCCCCACGCCAGAGGGAAGCUACGGCGCGCAGAAACUCAUGUGUGAGAUCCUAAUCAACGACAUGACGCGGAAGGGGUAUAUCGAUGGACUUUCGCUGCGCUUCCCAACCAUCUCCGUACGACCAGGCAAGCCAACCGCUGCAGCAAGCAGCUUCAUCAGCGGCAUCAUCCGCGAGCCUCUCGAGGGCAAAGAAUGUGUGGUCCCAGUCAAAGACCGCUCCUUCCCAAGCUGGGUGUGCUCGCCCAAAACACUUAUCAACAACCUCGUGCACGCGCUCACACUUCCUCGGGAUUGCCUGCCGAGUCACAAGCGGACGGUGAACGCGCCGGGCCUGUUGGCGACCGUGCAGGAUAUGAUGGACGCGUUGGCCAAGGUGGGUGGAGAGGAUAAGUUGAAGUAUAUCAAGGAGGUAGACGAUGAGGAUCUGGGCAAGAUUUUGUAUUCGUGGGCGUGGAAAUUUGAUAAUAAGUUGGCGCUGGGGCUGGGGUAUAAGCCUGAUACGAGUUUCGAGCAGGCGGUGAGGGAUUAUGUGGAGUUUAUGGAUGAGCAGAAGGCGCUGGCGCAAGUAUAG